CUUAAACCCAAUUUACGAUUGUUUUGAUUUGAGCACGUCUGUGAAACCUUACGAAUUGUUGAGGUGACGCACCAAUCGUUUUACUACAUUGUGACCUUCAAGUGCGCAGUAACCUUUGACGAUAGAUGACAACACCCCAUCGUUUCCACGAUAAUAUGUCAAAAUGCUGAAAGGUCUUGCAGAUGUCCCAACUUGGUCUUCAGUUGCUAAAGAAACGAGCAGUUUGGUGUCAAAUUUAGGAUCACGUAUUAGUUUGUGGCGUGGAGACAUAACACAUCUCCAAAUUGAUGCUAUUGCAAAUGCUGCGAAUUCCCAAUUGAGGGGUGGUGGAGGAGUAGAUGGUGCGAUACAUAGAGCAGCUGGUUCACAAUUGUUAGCAGCUUGUCAAAAGCUUGGUGGCUGUCCAACUGGGGAUGCAAAACUUACUCCAGGUUUCAAUUUGCCUUCCAAAUAUGUGAUUCAUUGUGUCGGGCCAGUCGGACGGAAUGAUGCAGCUUUGGAAUCCACAUACCGAAAGGCAUUGGAGUUGUGCUCUGAGCACAAUAUCCAGUCUAUUGCAUUUCCCUGUAUAUCCACAGGGGUUUAUGGUUUCCCUAAUGAAGCAGCUGCCAAGGUGGCACUUCAUACAGUGCUCUCCUAUCUCAAAUCUCAUCAAGAGAUUCAACGUGUUAUCUUUUGUAUAUUUAUGGAUGUUGACUAUAAAAUUUACGAAAAUUUAAUCCCGGAGAUGUUGGAUUCUUACAAAUAA